GCACGCCAGGAGGGCCUCCGCAGGGGGCGGGCGUCGCGCAGCUGCGAGGGCCGGGAGCGGGGCGGUCGCCGCGCGGUGCUGGUGGCCAGGGGCGGCUCGCGCAGCCGCGAGGGGGACCGCGAGCGCGCGUACGGCGGCGGCGACCGGACGCGCAGCCCGCCCCGGAGGAGCUCGCCCGCGGCGGCAGGGGGGGGCCGCGCGCCCGGCGGCCGGGGCCUCCGUGGCCAAGGGCCGCCGCCCAGGCCCGGCUACGACGAGGACCCGCGCCUGAAGAAGCUGGAUGAUGAUCCGCGGUACUUCGAGAACGCCGAGCUCGGCAAGGCCCAGAGGGCGGCCCUGGGCCAGACUGGCCUGCACGGCCGCAAUACCGCCUCCUUCGACCCCGCGUCCACGCUGGUGCGCCCCGCGAUGCGGAUCUUCUACGGCCCGAAGCAGAAGACCUACGACGCCGACAUCCGCCCGGACGACGUCGUCGUGGUGCCGGGCUUCUCGUGCGACGAGGACGACCUGCGGCUCUACACGGCGAUGGCGGAGGAGCUGGCGGCGCUGCAGCGCGGGGCUGGCGCGGGGGGCGGCGGCCUGGCUGGCGCGCCGGCCAUCGGCCGCGCGGUGAGGAGGGCGUGCCGGUACGCGCGCCUGGACGAGGAGCAGUGCGCGGUGCAGCUUUGCUGGUACGAGCGCGGGCCAAUGGGAGACCCUUUCGUGCACGAUGUCGGCGAGUUCAAGCAUCGACCGUCCAAGGGCUGCGACUGCCUGGUGAGCCUCUCCUUCGGCGCGGCCAUGGAGCUCGCCUUCCGCCGCUCGGGCUCGGAGGAGACAGUUUUCCUGGACCGCCCCAAUGGGAGUUGCAGCCUCGUGUCGCGAGACGCGUGGGCGCGUUGGAAAAUCAGGCCGCGCGUCUCCUCCAAGGAGCGCAGCACGCAGGGGCACCUGACGAUCACUGUGCUUGGCCGCGCCGAGCGGACGAAGGACGAGGAGAGAUUGGCGCCAGCGCCAAGCGACAAGAAGAUUGGAGCUGAUGCGCGCGACGGCUCUAUAGACCAGCGCGGCCUCGACCUGGCCCGCCCGUCCAUGAGAGUCAUUGCGGUGCCGGCCAGCGCGACGUACGACCGGCCUGUAAAGCACGACGACGUCAUCAUCGUUCCGGAGUUCUUCUGUGCAGAGGACGAUUGGAGUAUAUAUUACCAGCUGAUCAAGGAGAUGCGCGAUGUGCAGGCCUCUGGGACUCCCAAGGCCGAGUGGAUGUCGUGGCAUGAGGGCGCACACUUGCUGAGCAAGAAUCCAGAAGGCUCGGUGACCUACCAAAAGGUGUUGGACCGAAUGUGCACGUAUUUCCACGUUGGUAAGAGGAAUCGCGGCACCCGCUUCAAUUGGUACCGGGAUGGGUCGGACUGGAAGCCGUUCCACCAUGAUUCAGCUGCGUUCAACCCGAUGCGUGCAAAGGACCAGAAUUGCACAAUCGGCAUCUCCUUCGGAGCCCCUCGUGAGCUCGCAUUCAGGCACGCAAAGACGGGGGAAUUGCUGUAUUUCCCACAGAAGAACGGCAUGCUAUUUUACUUUGGCCAGGACGCAAACAUCAUCUGGCAGCACGGCAUCAAUGCCUUGCCUGAACCGGAGCAGGAUGGCAAGGGCCGCAUCUCCAUCAUUUUGUGGGGCCUCUGCACAGCGACGGUGAACGAGCCAGGCUCGCCGCCGAUGUUGACCGACGAGAGCCGCGGCGACAAGGGCAAGGGCAAGGGAAAGGGAAAGGGAAAAGGCGGAUUCGACAUGCAUCAGGGCGGCUUUGACAAGGGCAAAGGCAAGGGUGACUCCUGCAGAGACUUUCAGAGGGGCGCGUGCACCUACGGGGACCGCUGCCGCUUCGCCCAUCGGUGGCGCCAGGGUAGCGAGGCGCACCGCAGCGCGGGUCGUCGGGGCGCGGUCCCCGGACGGGCGCCAGCGUCUGAGCUGGCCAGGGCGGCUGCCGCGGAGGGGCCGCGCAGCGACGCUCGCAUCCUCGCAGCGGAGCAGGUCCCGGGGGGCCGAGACCUGACUUCAGCGGACUCGGGCCAGACGGAGACGAGCAGGUGGCGAGAGCAGGAGCUCCCCGUGCCCGACCUGGAGGGCGUCCUCCGCGCGCACGGCUUCGCGUCGGCGGGCGACGCACGCGCCCGUGGGCGAGAGGCAGCCCAUGUGCGCGGGGAGCGUGACCGCGCGCUGGAGCGCGGCGAGGUCGCCGCCUCGGCCAAGGACUCGCAGGGCCCCCUUCGCGGGACCUGUGAGCCGCGGCGCGCCUUGCCCCUUCGGAGCGGGCCCGCGCCACGGCAGCGGGGCGACUGGAGAGGAGUGGGCAUGGCGCGAGCCAGGCACCGAGCACUUGAGGACGAGGGCGUUGCCCUCGCCAGCCUCUCCCUCACCCGUGGCUCAGGCCGCGGGGCCGCCCUCCGCGCCGCCGCCGCGGGCUGCGCUUCGGACGCCGCUCUCGGGCGCCGCUCGUCGGCGGCCAGGCCGGCGCUCGGCGCCCCGAGCCUCACGGCCGCCGCUUGGGAUCGGUACGGCCAAAACGGGUACGGGGAGAUCGACUUCAGCAAGGCGAUGGGCUUCGAGCUCCACUCCUGCAGCGGACCCUACCGAGUGUGCAGAUUCAUGGACGACGAGGGCUCCGCUGGCGCGGCCGAGGCCGCUCUGGCCGCCCGUCGCAUCUCAAGAAGGGCGCUUCGUUCACGACACCGACCUCUGAUGGCACUCUCCGAGGAGACCUCAUCAGACAAGGACCGCGCACUGGUUUACGAUUUUCUGGAUUAUGUCAGGAAGGACCUGCCUCGGGUGGGGAAGAUCUUCUCCGCCAGCCGUCCUUCCCCCAAGAAGUCUGCCGCGAUGGUGGCUGCGGACUGCGAGGCCGUUCUCCAAGACCUCGGUGAUGAUCGUGUUGAUGGUGGUCUCUCUGCUCCCUGGGGGCAGGCUCCUGCCGCGUUGGUGGCUGGUUGUUGUGCAAGCUCGGCGAUUUCAACCUCUCCGGCACUCGGUCCUCCCCUCGGCGCCGGAGUUCAUGGGACAGCCGCGGACGUGGCUGGAGUCUUUACCGUGGAUGACAUGCAGAAUCGCAAACAGGUUGUAUUGCUAGAGAGAAUAGUGCCCGUGCCGCGGGCCCCUGGCAUGUGGCAAGAAGCUGACGGCUGUGAUGGCGUAGACUGGCAAGAGAGCGUUGCGGAUGCCUCGGAUGCGUCCGUCCCGCCUGACCUCGAGCUCGACAUGUUGAAGGACAGGAUCGCUCAGAUCGAGUUCGCUCACAACAAGACGAGCUCUACCGUCAAGCUCGUGUCGGAGACGUUCAAAUCCACCUCCCAACUGCUCAUGGAUGCGCUCCAAAACACCGCUGGGACUAUAUCGGCGUCGGUCCAGGACUCCCAGCAAAAGCAGGCAGACUUCCACACCCGUGUGCUCCUGGAGAAGCUCAAGGCGGACCACCAGCUCUUCAAGGACAGGUUCGGGAAGAUGCAGCAGCGGAGGAAGUCCGACACGCGAGCGGUAAGGGGUUUUGUCGGACGGACUGAUCUGAACGGCAUCCCAGGGACCAACACGGGCUUCGACACGAAGGCUGGGCGGUGGAAUAUCUGGCCUUGGGGCCGCGGGCCUGCCGUCAAAGUGAGGCAGAUCAACCUGUCGCGGUACGUACCGCGCGACAGCGAUGUCUGCCCUGGGUGCUCCGAGGGCAUGGAGGGCGCGGGGGACGCCACGGAAGGUCAGCGGCGCCCUUGUAUCCAGAGGCUCCAGCCAUUCUGGAAGCUGAACCGCUGCUCGGCCGCGGGCCCGAGCGGAGUUCCCCAGGAGGGCUGGACCACCUGCGGCCCUUGCGCGCUGCCCACCGGCACGGCGUCCCUGGACGCUUCCGGCGCGGCGGCCUUCCCGGGGGAGGGCCUGGCGCGGCGGCGGGCCGCCUGGGAGAACGACGGGUUGCCCGACGGCGCCGCGUCUACGGGCGGCUCCGGCGGGGCUUCCUCCAGCGCGUCCCGCGCCCCAGCGCAGGGUGGUGCCGAGGCCACUGCUGCGGCCGAGCACCUGGACGCUGGUGCCAGCUCGCCAGAGGUGCUGCUGCGGCUCCAGAUCCUCGACGCCUCGGGUGCAGAGCGGCGCGACGAGGUUCACAUCAGCCGCACGCAACGGUUGCCGACCUGA